UAUCUAGAAAAAUUCUACCAAUUGCCCAAGACUCAAAUUCUGUUUGAAAGGAAAAACGGCACUACCAUGAUUGUGGAAAAGCUUAAAGAAAUGCAGCAGUUUUUUGGGUUGAAAGUAACAGGGAAGCCAGAUGCUGAAACCCUGGAGAUAAUGGAAAAGCCUCGCUGUGGAGUGCCUGAUAGUGGUGAUUUUAUGUUGACCCCAGGAAACCCCAAGUGGGAACACACGGACCUGACCUACAGGAUUAGAAAUUAUCCCUCAAGCUUAGCAGAGUCUGAUGUGGAAACAGCUAUAAAAAAAGCCUUUCAAGUAUGGAGUGGUGCGUCACCCCUGACCUUCACCAGGAUCUUCAAAGAAAAGGCAGACAUCGAGAUUGGUUUCGUCAUGAGAGAUCAUGGAGACAACUCUCCAUUUGAUGGACCCAAUGGCAUCCUUGCUCAUGCCUUUCAACCGGGACAAGGUAUCGGAGGGGAUGCUCAUUUUGAUGAGGAAGAAACAUGGACUACAACUUCUCAAAAUUACAACUUGUUUCUUGUUGCUGCUCAUGAAUUUGGCCAUUCGUUGGGGCUCUCCCAUUCUUCUGAUGCUGGUGCCUUGAUGUAUCCCACCUAUGCUUUCUCAGAUCCCAGCACAUACUUGCUCCCUCAAGAUGAUAUCAAUGGCAUCCAGGCCAUCUACGGGCCUUCAAGCAACCCUAUUAAACCCACCGGGCCAAGCACUCCCACAGCCUGUGACCCCAAAUUAACAUUUGAUGCUGUCACUACACUCCGAGGAGAAAUAUUCUUCUUUAAAGACAAAUACUUCUGGAGGAGGCAUCCUCAGCUACGAAGUGUCCAACUAAACUUCAUCUCUCUGUUCUGGCCAUUCCUGGCGAACGGAAUACAGGCUGCUUAUGAGGACUUUGAUAGGGAUCUAGUUUUCUUAUUUAAAGGAAACCAAUACUGGGCUCUGAAUGGCUAUGAUAUCCAGAAAGGCUACCCCAGGCACAUAUCAGAGUAUGGCUUCCCCACCAGCAUCCAAGCUAUCGAUGCCGCUGUUUUCUACAGGGGGAAAAUACACUUCUUUGUAAACAAUCAGUUCUGGAGAUAUGAUAGUGAAAGACAAUUCAUGGAACCAGGUUAUCCCAAAAGUACAGCAAGUACUUUUCACGGAAUAGAAAGUAGUAAAGUGGAUGCUGUUUUCCAUCAAGAUCAUGUCUUCAUUUUCUUCAGUGGGUCAAGAUAUUAUGCCUUUGAUCUCAACACUCGUAGAGUUAUCAGAGUUGGCAGAAGCAAUAAGUGGCUGAACUGUAGAUAA